CCCCAUCCCCUCCUGGCCACAGCUCACACUGCGGGGAGGGGUGGAGGCUGGGCCGCCUCCUGGACCCCUGCCCCCUUGCCCUGCCUUCCAGGGCCGGGCAGCCUCGGUCCACUGUUGGGCUGGGAGCAAGAAGCAGUGGCUGCCCUUGGAGAGGCAGCUCCAGCUGGGAUGGCAGCUCCAGCAUCUCUAAGGGCCUUGGGGGGUCCAGCCCCUCAGGGGGCACCCUAGGCCUUCCACAGCCAGCAGCCUGUGUGCCUGCCCCCCACCCAUCUGCGGGCCACUCACCAUGGGUGGCUGCUUCUCCAAGCCCAAGCCAGUGGAGCUCAAGAUCGAGGUGGUGCUGCCCGAGAAGGACCGGGGCAAGGAGGAGCUGUCUGCCGGCGGGAAGGGCAGCCCCCGGGCCUACCAGGGCAACGGCACAGCCCGCCAUUUCCAUGCAGAGGAACGCCUGCCCGCCCCCCACCCCUACCCUGGUGCCCAGGACUGCCUGGAGGCUGCUGUCUGCCACAUCAAAGACCUGGAGAACGGCCAGAUGCGGGAAGUGGAGCUGGGCUGGGGGAAGGUGUUGCUGGUGAAAGACAACGGGGAGUUCCAUGCCCUGGGCCACAAAUGUCCGCACUAUGGUGCGCCCCUGGUGAAAGGAGUGCUGUCCCGUGGACGGGUGCGCUGCCCCUGGCAUGGCGCCUGCUUCAACAUCAGCACCGGAGACCUGGAGGACUUCCCUGGCCUGGACAGUCUGCACAAGUUCCAGGUGAAGAUUGAGAAGGAGAAGGUGUACGUCCGGGCCAGCAAGCAGGCCCUGCAGCUACAGCGAAGGACCAAGGUGAUGGCCACGUGCAUCUCUCCAAGCGCUGGCCACAGCAGCAGCACCAACGUGCUCAUCGUGGGCGCAGGCGCAGCUGGCCUGGUGUGUGCAGAGACGCUGCGGCAGGAGGGCUUCUCAGACAGGAUCGUCCUGUGCACUCUGGACCGGCACCUUCCCUACGACCGGCCCAAGCUUAGCAAGUCUCUGGAUGCACAGCUGGAGCAGCUGGCCCUGAGGCCCAAGGAGUUCUUCCGAGCCCAAGGCAUCGAGGUGCUCACUGAGGCCCAGGUGGUCACGGUGGACGUGAGGAACAAGAAGGCCGUGUUCAAGGAUGGCUUCAAGCUGGAGUACAGCAAGCUGCUGCUGGCACCCGGGAGCAGCCCUAAGACCCUGAGCUGCAAAGGCAAAGACGUGGAGAAUGUGUUCACCAUCCGGACGCCCGAGGACGCCAACCGCGUGGUGAGGUUGGCCCGGGGCCGCAACGCUGUGGUCGUGGGAGCCGGCUUCCUGGGGAUGGAGGUGGCCGCCUACCUGACUGAGAAGGCCCACUCAGUGUCCGUGGUGGAGCUGGAGGAGACGCCCUUCAGGAGGUUUCUGGGGGAGCGCGUUGGUCGUGCCCUCAUGAAGAUGUUUGAGAGCAACCGGGUCAAGUUCUACAUGCAGACGGAGGUGUCGGAGCUGCGGGCCCAGGAGGGAAAGCUGAAGGAGGUCGUGCUGAAGAGCAGCAAGGUCUUGCGGGCUGACGUCUGCGUGGUGGGCAUUGGUGCAGUGCCUGCCACGGGCUUCCUGAGGCAGAGCGGCAUAGGUCUGGAUUCCCGAGGCUUCAUCCCUGUCAACAAGAUGAUGCAGACCAAUGUCCCGGGCGUGUUUGCAGCUGGCGACGCUGUGACCUUCCCCCUGGCCUGGAGGAACAAUCGGAAAGUGAACAUCCCACACUGGCAGAUGGCUCAUGCCCAGGAGACACAUGUUCUGCAGAAUUCCUCACCAACCUGUGCAGUCACCCAGGGAGGGAGAGAGGGGUUUAGUAGAACCCGGGCCAGCUCCCCACUCUCCCCUUUGGGCCACUUGACUGGCUCUGUGAACCCAGCUGCCUCGUGCAGGCCCCUGGGAUGUGGCCGUCUGGGCCUGGAAACCUGGGCUCAGUGGGGACCUGCUGUGCUCUCUGAGGAACAACCUUCCCCCUCCCCUUGGGCGGUCCCUGUGCACACCUGGUCUGGGCCUCUCAGCCGCAGGUACAGCCAGUUAGCUGCCUCGGAGAGAGGACGGCCAGACCCCCUGCACCCUCCUCCCUUCUCUCGGCCUUCACGUUAUCUGAGCAUCUGUGCCUGAAACCCCACUCCUGGUACCAAUUUCUGCUCGGGUCCAAGGUCUAAAGUUGGUGCUAGGUUUGAAGGAACCAAAAGCUACUCAUCAGCUGAGUAUAAUUAAGGUUUAACUGGGAGGGUCCAAGGACUGUCACAGACCUCCAAAUACAGGGGUCCAGUGGGGCCUUGUCCAAACUGGGGAGCCACCCACCCUAUUCUGUCUUGGGCUCUGAGUGAGGCUGUCAUCCCUGCUUCCCUGGACACUGGUGCCCCAUUCGCCCGCCUCCCUCCUCAGACCUGACCUGUCCGGUUAGUUGCCUGUGUCACAUCUGAAAUGGUCCCGGGAAGCCAAGCCCUUCCAGACCCAGUCCAGGCACUUCAUCUUAGUGGCCAGGUUUGGGCCUGGUGUCCCUCUCUGCACGCAUUAUCUGCGAGCAGCGGUGGACAGUGGGUUGGGCAGUGAUUUACCUCUGGGGUGGGGGGGAAUAGCCCCACCUGUCAGGCGUCCCCAGAGAGCCGGGGCAGGCAGUGGAGGGGUGGUGAGGGCUCGGGGCGGGGCUCUCACGACCCCGGGACCCUCAGGACGCGUGGCGGCCCAGAACAUGCUGGCGCAGGAGGCGGAGAUCAGCACGGUACCCUACCUAUGGACCGCCAUGUUCAGCAAGAGCCUGCGCUACGCGGGUAACAACGGGCCCCGGACGCGGGCAGGGCCCAG